AUGGAGAUUAUAAACAAAAGAUACGAGUUUAAGAUCGAACAGUUAAGUAAAGAGCCAGUCUCCGAGAAGACUUUCGGUUUAUUAUCUGAAUUACUCGAUAGGAAAUCCACUGACUUACUUCUGUCAACUGACUCCAGCGACUACAUAACGGAUAACACCAGCUUUUACUACAACAUUAAUCAACUGUAUAUGAAAUAUUAUCGUAAUGUGUCAUUUGAGCAAUUAAAGCAUUAUAUGAUAUUCAGAGAUUACGAUAAUUCCAUCGGAAUGUCUAGAAACUUUUUAUCCAAGAAACUAGAACAGACAAUAUCUUUUGUCAAGGAAUCAGAGGCAUAUUUAUUGGAGGAAAAUGAGGAUGAAAAUAUUGAAUGUUCAAACUUAGUAAAUGAUGAUACUGAACUAGGUUCAGACUCUUCUGUCAAGAAGAAUUUAAAAAUAUCAAUAAGGGAGACCAUCUGCUAUUGGCAUUGUCGAUGGUACCUCGUUUAUGGCUCCUUUAUCGAAGAUGAUUACCACGAAGUUUUGGAACUUUUUGACUGUAUUAUUGAACAAAAUUACGAUAUGCCACAAAUAUCGGCAUUCGAAGUAAUCGAAAAGCACUUUGACAGUGAUGUUGUUAUUAAUACUGAUCUCUUAAGAUUGAUAUGCUUGUCAAUAUUAGUGUGUAAAGAGGCUAAUGAAUGGUGCCACUAUUGGAGUAAUCCACACAUUAAAAGAUUUCUAGCAAAGGAUAAGGAGCUAAAGCAGUUUAUUGAUGAUUAUUCCAUGUGUAACUAUUCCUCAGCUCUUCAACUACUAGAAAGAUUUGAAAAGUAUUAUGAGCCCGACUUUCAGCUUUCCAAAUGCUUCCCAAAUAUUCCUAGGAUUCUUAGAUUGAAAGCAUAUGUGAGUUAUUUGUCUUUAAUACAACGUGUCUCGGUUUGUGAUAUGGCUGAUUUUUUUUCUAUUUCAGAAUCAUUGCUAUAUUCAGAGGUCAUGGAACUUAUCUCAUUGUUCAAUCUGAAUUUUAAAAUUGACUGUCAACAAGGAAUAAUUGAAUAUUAUAAGGAAGCAUCGAAAUUCCCAGAUAUUGGCUCAAAAAUUAAGAGCAUAAUUAGAAAUACGAGAGUCAGCUCCAAAGCUACCGUUGUUAGCUCAUUAGUUUCUAAAGCGUUUUCGGAAGAUAAAGCUUAA